UUGUUCUUUCUUAGCCGCCUUUUACCCCAUCUCAACUGCAGAGACAAUCAAAAUCAACUUUGUGUAAGCGUCAACGUCUUGAAUAGAGAGAGUUCAUAAAAUGGCCUUUGCAGGCAAGGUUUACGCCGUCACUGGCGGUGCCAGCGGAAUUGGACUAGCCACGGUGAAGCUAUUGGCUGAGCAAGGUGCCAUCGUGUGCUUCGCAGACGUCAACACAACCGCCCUGGCAGAGGCCGAGGCUUACCUGAAAGAAAAGGGGGCAAAGUUCACAGCAACCAAGGUAGACGUAUCGAAAAAGGCAGAGGUAGAAGGCUGGAUCGAGGGCAUUGUCAAGACGUUCGGACAGUUGGAUGGCGCCGCCAACAUUGCGGGCAUCAUCGGCAAGCACCACUCCAUCCAUUCGGUCGGGGAACUGGAUGACGACGAAUGGGACAAGAUCAUCGCGGUGAACCUGACCGGGUGCAUGUACUGCAUGAGAGCUGAGCUCCGAAAUAUCAAAGACGGUGGCUCCAUUGUCAAUAUGGCUUCGAUCCAAGGCAUUACGGGUCUGGCCUAUCACGGAGCUUAUGGUGCCAGUAAGCAUGGGGUUGUUGGCCUGACUCGAAUAGCGGCCAAGGAGUAUGGCAAGCGGGAGGUGAGGGUGAAUGCAGUGGCCCCUGGAUCAAUCUACACACCAAUGAUGCAGCAGUCGUGGGACGCGACUGGACGCCCUGCAGACGCCCCCUUUGAUGAUCCCACCGCCUUCCAGAGGCAAGGAAAGCCAGAGGAGGUUGCCAAGGUUGUUCUGUUCUUAUUGGGUCCUGACAGCACCUUUGUCAGUGGUAGUGUGUACUCGGUAGAUGGUGCAUGGAUUUGAUUAAAAGGAUGUAACGUCAAAAUUAUAUGAGUUAUAGGCAACUAAAUGGGAUACCUCUACGUGAUAAUUUAAC